AUGACUAUCGACUCGGCAUACUACUCGUGCCACUCACCUGUCGACAACGCCCACCCCUUCCACAAGCUCCCGCAGGAGAUCUUCGUCCACAUCUUGCUCUACGCCGCUCGUUCCUCUGAUUACGGUAGCCUCAAGUGGUCGAUUUAUGGCCGGUGGGAAACUUCCAAGUGGCUCCCUCUCCGCGCCGUCUGCCACCACUGGGACGACACCCUCGUCUCCGAGAAGAGCCUAUGGAACAAUAUCAUCGUAUCCGGACCUAAUGCACGCCAGUGGCUGUCAUUCAGCCUCGAACACUCUGCGGGCGUUCCCUUCGAGGUCGCUUUCAACAAGUCCAGUCCGAACCUCGACUGCUUGCUCAACAUGAUCCUUCCGCACGCGAUGUUCCUCCGCUCCAUCACCAUCACACUCUACUACAGUUCCGAUUUCUAUUCUCUAGAGUCGUUCUUACGCUCUGUCAAGCUUCCCCGGCUGACCGCGCUCGACAUAUCCGAGGCCCAUGGAGAAGUGCCCGAUACCGUGUUGUCGCUCAGCAGGACCCGCGUUCCCGCCCUCGACACGCUCGCCCUCAACGCGAACUGGAUGAUCCCGGGACCGGACAUCAUCGCGCAGUUGCGAGAAGUGAGGUUCACGCGCAAGCUCAAGUUCACCUCCGGCAUCCGAUUCGGUGACGAAGAAUGGGAAGUCGAGGGGGAGAUACCACACGACAGCUGGAGCCUCUACCUGCCUUGUCUUCACCAGCUCAAGCUUUCAGGCGGGAUCGAAACGCCCGCUCCGCUGGAAAUCCUUCUCCAGUGCAUCCGCCUCCCCGUGCCCGAACCGUCCACAUCAAGUACACGGGACUCAGCUACGACGACCUUUACGUAUUCACCGAAGACAGCUACGCUGCAUCUUCCCUUCCUCGGCUCCGUCACCACGCUCUCCCUCGCCCUCGACGAGGGCGGGUGCAACCUCGUCGGACACACCCCCGACGGGCGCUCCUUCUCCAUCGGCCUCACCUACUGGUCGUCCAGCUUCGACCUCGCCGUCGCGCUCCCCGCUGUCCUGGACACCCUCGCGGGCUGCCCCGAGGUGACCACCGUGGACGCCCUCGGGUUCGGCUUCACGCGCUUCGACGCGGCGGCGUGGGCGGCGCUCUUCGGGCGGUUCCCGCGGCUCGCGCGGGUGUCGCUCGCGCACAUGUUUCCCAAGCAGCGGGGAGGGUACGGCUACCGGAAGGGGUACGAACCGCACUCGCUCGAGGCGCUGGAGGGGCUGCUGCGCGGACGCGCGGAGGAGGGCGCGCCGCUGGAGGAGCUCACGCUGCGUGCGGUGUGGGAGCAUUGUCCGAACUUCAUCGCGGAGUGGAGAGGCCGGUUUGAGAAGGCUGGGGUGGGGAGGGCGGUGGUGGUCACGAAGGGAAUUUUCGCGCGGGAUAAAACUGUGAGCCGUGGAUGGAAGACGACAGAUGGUUGA